GACAACAGACGCUCAGGAUUCGUUCAGGCAUUCGUACUAACUUCAGUUUCAGUGCAUUAACAAAACAGCGAAAUGAUGAAAAUUACAAUUUUUGCCGUGGCCGCUCUUGCAUUAGCGUGCGCUUUGCCUCAAGAUCAACCUCAGGCGCAACCUGUGCAAAUAGUCAAGCAAGAUUCCGAAGUCAGUGAAAACGGCUACAACUUUGAAUAUGAGACAAGCGAUGGAACUUCAAGGCAAGAACAAGGCGACUACAAAAACGAUACUGAACAGCAAGGUCUCUCUGUAAAGGGCAGCUACAAGUAUGUUGCUCCUGAUGGACAGAUAAUCUCCGUGACUUUCGUUGCUGACAAAAACGGUUACCAACCCACCGAAAUUAAGGACGGAGACAAACCUGCACAAUCUUAAACCACUUUAAGGUUAUAACGAGCCAUUUGUAAUAAUGUUUGAAAUCAAAUAUACAGUACUGAAUGUACUAAAAUGUAUUCCAUAACGAACCUUUAAGUACAAAUAUAUGUAUAUAGUCCGUAUUUAAUCUAAAUAAACAAAAAAAUACCGAAUCUUUAUGUUUAACUUGUACUACCUUGGGUGCCUUCAACGGGAUGAGAAAAGAAAUAAAAACGGAGCCUGUUUUGUUAUAAUAACAUUAAUCCUUCAUUGAAUGGU